AUGAACCUUCUUAGAGGCAGCAGUUCGACUGCUGCAAAUGUCGCAACGCUAUUCGAAAUCAGAAUUGAUUCACAAGAUCGCGAUGUCAUUGUGUUGCGUGGCGAUCCCUCAGAUUGCCCAGGCGCUAUUCUCAAGGGCGUCUUGGUCAUGUCGCUGCAUGAUCCGAUCCAAGCAAAGAACAUCACACUGACCCUGCGCGGCAAGGCAAGAGCAUCGUGGCAAGAACAGUAUUUGAUGGCCAACCGAUCGCAAGCGAGUCGUCUGCAGAAGGAGGAGAAUGUCAUCUAUGAGAAUACCUGGUCCUUUAUGUCCUUCUCAUCGCACAACAAGUCUAUGGGAUCCGGCAAUUAUGAGUAUCCCUUUGAGGUCACUCUGCCAGGUGAUUUGCCAGAGACUGUUGAGGGAUUGGACUAUGGCUCCAUCAAGUACACCAUGACUGCUACGGUUGAAAGGCCUGGCUUUGCGCACAAUCUCACCACACACAAGACGCUGCGCGUUGUCCGAACGCUGUCUAUCGACUCAUUGGAGAUGGCCCAGACGCUCUCUGUCGACAACACAUGGCCAAAUAAGAUUGAAUACGCCAUCUCUAUCCCAACAAAGUCCUACCCGAUCGGCUCAACGAUUCCAAUCAAUUUCAAGCUUGUGCCACUUCUUAAGGGUCUUCAGAUUGCAAAAAUCGUGUGCGUUCUCAAGGAGUAUCAAUCAUUGUCUAUUGAAAACGGAUAUCACGGUGCCCCAGCCAAGAAAGAGGUGGAUCGCACCAUUGCGACUUGUACAAUCGACAACCUUGACAAAAACGUGCCAAAUUGGGACAUUGACGAAAGCUUGACGAUCCCCAGUUCACUCAACAAGUGCACGCAGGAUUGUGAGGUGGUCCACAUCAAGAUUCGGCAUAAGCUCAAGUUUACUGUCGGUCUCCAGAAUCCAGAUGGCCACAUCUCGGAGCUCAGAGCCGCGUUGCCUGUCAGCUUGCUCAUUCCACCGACACUCUUCUCUGGUGGGACAUCCUACUCAAAUUUGAACUCGGCGGAUCCAGCAAAUCAGCUGCCUUGCUAUGAAUCACAUAUUUGGGAUCGUCUAUAUGAUGGGGUUGAGACGCCUUUGCCGUCGGGUGCCAAUACACCUGCUCGCAGCCGGCGUGGCUCAUUCGAGGCCGGUGCUGCUGGCACUCUUGAUUCAGAAGUUCAGCGUCGUGCGCUCAUGGCCGGACUCAAUCGCCUCACCACAUCCAAUCCAGGCAGCACAGGACAUCAAACGCCGCCGAUACCCGUCGGUAAUGGUAGUGCGCAUGCAACAGGGUCAGUGACACCUGCAUCAGGGCAUAGCACGCCUCAUUUGCGCUCUCUGCCAAAUUCUUAUUCUCAUCCGACCUUCACGGAGGCAGAGUUGAGUGCUUCAUUAGCAGCAAGUGGUGAUCCCAUUCCUGUCUCGGGUGCAAGCAACUCUGCCAUCACAUCACCGCAUUUACGCCCAGGCGCCAGCUCUGUCGAGCAUAGUCAUAUGCCAUCAGAUGAUACUCCAGCACCCUUCACAGAUGAAGAAGUCAUCUCACUCAGUCGCAUACCGAGCUACACGACUGCAACAACUCGAGCUGCUGCAGCACCACUGAGCUCAUCUCUCCCAGACUACAUGAACGACUCAGCGCCGGGAACAGGGACAAGUACGCCGCAUUUAUACGAUCAUGGGGGCCACAGUUCUCACUACAACCCACCGAAUCAAGUCACGACUGGUUUUGCCGCACAGCAACCGCAUCUUGCACAUACGACUGCGGAACGCAAGCGCCGCCACAGCCCGCGCUGGCGAGACCACAAGCUGCGAGACAUGCGAAUCAUCGGUCGGGCAUACUGA